AUGGAGCUGGCUAAUGAGAAAAAAGCAUGGGAUUCAGUGAAAGGAAUGAUAGAAGAAGCUGUGAUUGAGAAUCUUGAGAGAGAAUCAGUGUGGAGCACAGUGGUAAGGGCCUACUCGGAUCAAUUCAAAAAAGAUUUUGAAGGUUUCCUAGCCUCCAGAGUGGUAGAGCUAGUGAGAGGAGGAGUGCUGCUUCUCCUCCUCCCUGCAACCCGCGAGGGAGUUCCUAGUGCAAACUACCCCACGGGCUUCCUCUUCAGUUAUCUCGGACAAACCCUGAUGGACUUAGCUAACGAGGGAGUUGUCGAAAAAGCUAAAAUAGACGGCUUCAACUUGCCCAUCUACGUUCCAUCGGUAGGGGAGAUGAGGAAAAUGAUAGAGAAGAAUGGGUGUUUCACCAUUGAGAAAAUGGAGCUAACAGUGCCAAGGGGAAAAACUAGCAUCGGAUGCAGUGAAGGAAAUGAUAGAAGAAGCAGUGAUCGGGAGCCCCUAGACGCAGAACCAAGGUCGACCAAAGUGGCGAUAGCAGAUUUGGGGUGUUCGGUUGGGCCAAACACGUUCUUCACCGUUCAAAACCUGAUAGAAGCAGUGCAGAAGAAAUGGCCAUCCGAAACACUACUGGAAUUCCAAGUAUUCUUCAAUGACCACCUCGGAAACGAUUUCAACACCCUCUUCUCCUCCCUCCCACUGGAGAGGCGAUACCACGCUGCUGCAGUGCCGGGGUCGUUCCACGGCCGCCUCUUCCCCCGCAGCUCCAUUACCGUGGCGCAUUCUUCAUACGCUCUCCAGUGGCUCUCCAAGAAGCCUCAAGGGGUGCAUAACGAGGGCAGAAUCCACUACUCCGGCGCGGGCACAGAUGUGGUCAAGGCCUACUCGGAUCAAUACGAAAAGGAUUUGUCAUGUUUCAUGAGCGCGAGAGCUGAGGAGAUUGUGAAAGGAGGAGUAUUGGUUGUGGUCAUGCCGGGAACCCCUGACGGAAUCUCCCAUUCCGACCACCCUGCUGGUGUCCUGUUCAAUUACUUUGGAUAUAGCCUAAUGGAGUUGGCUAAUGAGGGAGUUGUGGAUAAAGAUAAAAUAGACAAGUUUAACUUGCCAAUCUAUACUCCGACGAUGGGGGAGAUGAAGAGGGUGAUAGAAAACAAUGGGUGUUUUAGCAUUGAGAAAAUGGAGCUGUCCAAGAUGGAUGGACCCAUUGAUGUAGCUAAACUGAUAAUGCACAUGAGAGCUGGAAUGGAGGGGGUCUUCUCAGCUCAUUUUGGAGAUUCUGUUGUUGACAAAAUGUUCGCCAAGAUGUCAGACAAAGCUCAAGAUAUGUCGCACUUUUUCGAAUCUGGGUAUAGUAAGUCUACUCAACUGCUUGUUGUACUCAAGCGUAAAUAGAGGGUAUUCUCUGUUCUUGUGUAAUCAACUUUUGGUUCACCUUCUGCCCUAUUAAUAAGGAUUCAGCUGUUGUUUUA